UAAAUUAUAAACACAUAAAAGAAUGUACUUUUCACAUGUACCGUUCCAAUUAUUAUUAUUAUUGUUUUUCAAAAAAAGAAAUAUAAAAGUUGUCUUCUCCGCGCACUAUGUCUUGGCUCUUAGUAUUGGACGAGUUUGUCGUCUCCUCAUUUUCAACAAAACAUAAAAACGGAGAGAACUCUUUCGAGCAGACUCAACCCAUCUCUCCAAUGGCAGCUACAGUACUUGGCUCCGUCUUCGGUAUCUCUCUCGCUUCGUCUUCCUCAACAGAAAGAGUCAAACGUACGAAGUCAAACCUAACGCAGGCUAUCAAAUCCGUAACACCAAAGAGUCACAGAGAUGUUCAAAGAAUCCACAAGAAGAAAGAUGAAGAUGGAGCGAAGGUGGCUAAGUUGGUGGAGAGUCCGUAUUCGAAAGUGGAGGCGGCGCGUCCAGAUUUGAAGAAGAGGUUGUCGGAUUUUUUGGAGGAAGUGAGAGAUUUGGUCGGAGAUGGUGAUAAUGGUCCGCCACGUUGGUUCUCACCGUUGGAGUGUAGUGCUCAAGCUUCAGGCUCUCCUCUUCUUCUUUACAUACCAGGUAUGGAUGGUACUGGACUUGGGCUCAUCAGACACCACAAGAAACUCGGGGAGAUUUUUGAUGUAUGGUGCCUUCACAUUCCAGUCAGGGAUCGUACCCCUGCUAAAGACUUGGUGAAACUUAUUGAGAAGACAGUUAAGUCAGAGAACCAUCGUUUCCCAAACAGACCUAUAUAUUUAGUUGGUGAAUCUAUUGGAGCGUGUCUCGCCUUAGAUGUUGCAGCUAGGAAUCCCAACAUCGAUCUUGCUCUCAUCUUGGCUAAUCCAGCCACACAUGUCAACAACCUUAUGUCACAGCCUCUAUCAGGAAUACUUAAUGUUUUACCAGAUGGAGUUCCAACAAUAUUGGAAGAAAUAUUUGGUUUUAAACAAGGAGAUCCAUUGACUACAAUGUUAGACGCUCUGACGAACGAAUUUUCUGUCCAACAAAUGGGUGGAGGGAUACUAAGAGAUAUCCUUGCAGUUUCAACUAAUCUUCCUACUUUGAGUAGGAUCUUCCCAAAGGACACACUUCUUUGGAAGCUGGAACUGCUUAAGUCUGCUGUUGCAUCUGCCAAUUCUCACAUACACGCGGUCAGAGCUGAAACACUGAUACUUCUGAGUGGACGUGAUCAGUGGCUGCUGAACGUGGAAGACAUUGACAAACUCGCACUCACAAUACCAAAUUGUAUUGUCCGCAAGAUGAAAGACAAUGGACAGUUUCUGUUUUUCGAGGACGGUGUAGAUCUUGUUACUAUCAUCAAGUGUACAUGUUUUUAUCGCCGUGGGAAGUCUCAUGAUCACCUUUCAGAUUACAUUAUGCCUACCCUAUUUGAGUUCAAACAACAAUUAGACGACCACAGAUUGCUAAUAGAUGCUACUUCACCUGUAAUGUUAUCAACUCUAGAAAACGGCAAAGUUGUAAGGAGCCUUGAAGGUAUACCUUCGGAAGGACCUGUUCUGUACGUUGGGUAUCACAUGUUAUUGGGAUUUGAGUUAGCUCCAAUGGUAACUCAAUUCUUGAAAGAGAGAAACAUUCACUUGCGUGGUUUGGCACAUCCUAUGCUUUUUGUAAACAACCAAGAUGCGUUAGUGGACACACAGAUGUUUGACAAAUAUAAAAUAAUGGGUGGAGUUCCUGUCUCCAACUUCAAUAUCUACAAGUUAAUGCGUUCAAAGUCUCAUAUCCUUUUGUACCCUGGUGGUGUCCGUGAAGCUUUGCAUAGAAAGGGUGAAGCGUACAAGUUGUUUUGGCCAGAGCAACCUGAGUUUGUGAGAGUUGCAUCUAAAUUUGGAGCUAAAAUAGUCCCAUUUGGUGUUGUUGGAGAAGAUGACAUCUUUGAUAUUGUCCUGGAUGGUGAUGAUCAAAAGAACAUUCCUAUCCUAAAGGAUUUGAUGGAAGAGGCAACAAAGCAAGCUGGCAACUUAAGGGAAGGUGAUGAGAGUGAGUUAGGAAACCAAGAUUGCUAUUUCCCUGGACUUUUACCUAAGGUUCCUGGGAGGUUCUAUUACUAUUUUGGGAAACCAAUAGAAACAGCAGGCAAGGAAAAAGAGCUGAAAGACAAAGAGAAGGCUCAGGAGCUUUACUUGCAAGUCAAGUCAGAGGUAGAAGAGUGUAUUGCCUAUUUGAAAAUGAAAAGAGAGAGUGAUCCCUACAGAAACUUGUUGCCAAGGGUAUUGUAUCAAGCUUCACAUGACUGUCUUGAGAUUAUUAUUACGAUGAAAAUACUUGGCUCCAUCUACGGUCUCUCUCCAGUAACAUCUCACCCAAGAGAAACAUUAUGCAACGUUGGUAUCUGCUGUUCUAGACAGAGGUCACAGAGCUCUGCCUCAAAGUAUAAUAAACUCAGGGCGGUUAGAACCGUGUCAUCGACGAAUCAUGGAGGUAUUAGAGGAAGACGGAAGAAGCAGGAUGAAACGGUAGCUAAGGUGGGUGAGAGUCCGUAUGCGAAUGUGGAAGAGGAGCUGCCUGACUCUAGGAAGAGUUUGUUAGACUUUUUGGAAGAAGUGAGAGGUUUUGUUGGAGGAGAAGGUCCACCUCGUUGGUUCUCUCCAUUGGAGAGUGCUGCUCAGGCUCAACGCUCUCCUCUCCUCCUUUUUAUACCUGGUUCGUCUUCUUUAUUGGCCUUUUUUUCUCCAUGCAACUCUGAAAAGGACAAAAGAUUUUUUUUUUAUGUUGCAGGUAUGGAUGGUACUGGACUAGGGCUCAUUCGCCAACACAAGAAACUUGGGGAUCUAUUUGAUAUAUGGUGCCUUCAUAUACCAGCCAGGGAUCGUACUUCUUCUAAAGACUUGGUGAAGCUUAUUGAGAAGACAGUUAAGUCAGAGAACCACCUUUGCCCCAAUAGACCUAUAUAUUUAGUUGGUGAGUCUAUUGGAGCGUGUCUUGCCUUAGAUGUUGCAGCCAGGAAUCCCAACAUCGAUCUUGCUCUCAUCUUGGCUAAUCCAGCCACACAAGUCAUGUCGCAGCCUCUAUCAGGAAUGCUUAACGUUUUACCAGAUGGAAUCCCCACGAUACUUGAAGAUGUAUUUGGUUUCAAGCAAGGCGGUCCAUUGACUGAAACGUUAGACGCAUUUUCAAAUGAAUUUGCUAUCCAUCAAAUCGGUGGAAUGAUGCUAAGAGAUUUGUUUGCAGUUUCAGCUAAUCUUCCUACUUUAAGUAGGAUCUUCUCUAAGGACACACUUCUUUGGAAGCUGGAAAUGCUCAAGUCUGCUAUUACAUCUGCCAAUUCUCAUAUACACAAAGUCAGAGCUGAUACACUGAUACUCUUGAGUGGACACGAUCAAUGGCUGCUGAACAUGGAAGACAUCAACAGAUUCUCACAAACAUUACCAAACUGUAGCGUCCGUAAGUUCAACGACAGUGGACCAUUUCUCCUUUUGGAGGAUGAGGUAGAUCUUGUUACCAUCCUCAAGUGUACAUGUUUUUAUCGCCGUGGGAAGUCUCAUGAUUACAUCUCAGAUUACAUUAUGCCUACCCCAUAUGAGUUAAAAAAACAGCUAGAGGAACACAGAUUUCUAAUGUAUGCUACUUCACCUGUAAUGCUAUCAACUCUUGAAAACGGUAAAGUUGUAAGGGGCCUAGAAGGGCUACCGUCAGAGGGACCUGUUCUAUACGUUGGCUAUCACAUGAUAAUGGGAUUUGAGUUACCUCCAAUGAUAGCUCAGCUCUUGAAAGAGAGGAACAUUCACUUGCGUGGGUUGACACAUCCGAUUAUUUUCAUGAACAAGUCGAUAGUACACGACAUAAUCGACCCUCAGAUAUUUGAAAAAUAUAAGAUAACGGGUGGAGUUCCUGUCUCCCAUAGCAAUAUCUACAAGUUGCUUCGUUCAAAGUCUCAUGUGCUUUUGUAUCCUGGUGGUGUCCGUGAAGCUCUCCAUAGAAAGGGUGAAGAGUAUAAGUUGUUCUGGCCAGAGCAACCUGAGUUUGUGAGAGUUGCAUCUAAAUUUGGAGCUACUAUUAUCCCUUUUGGUGUUGUUGGAGAAGACGACAUCUGCAAGGUUGUUCUAGAUUCCAAUGAUCAAAGGAAAAUACCUAUAUUGAAGGAUUUAAUGGAAAGGGCAACAAAGGAAGCUGGCAACUUAAGGGAAGGCCACGAGAGCGAAUUGAGAAACCAAGAAUUCCAUUUACCAGGACUAAUGCCUAAGAUUCCAGGGCGGUUCUAUUAUUACUUUGGAAAACCAAUAGAAACCGCAGGUAAGGAACAAGAGCUAAAAGACAAAGAAAAGGCCCAAGAGUUUUACUUGCAAGUCAAGUCAGAGGUAGAACAAUGCAUUGCUUAUUUAAAAAUGAAAAGGGAGAGUGAUCCCUACAGAAACUUGCUGGCAAGGAUGUUGUAUCAAGCAUCACAUGGUUUCUCUUCUGAAAUUCCAACGUUUGAUCCAUGA